CAUAAACUUCAAAUUCAAAUUUCAAAUGUUGACAACAAAUGUCAAGUUUCCCGGUUCUUUGGAAAUGGUUUCCAGAAUAAAUUCCGAAAAUUGGCGGUUUAAGUCGCACAUCAUAAAUUUACGUAUCGUGUUAAUAUCUAACGUAGUUUCAAGCAGAACAUCAAUUCAACAAAGUUUUAAUCUUUAAAAGCGUUAGUCUAUAACCUCACAAAUUGUGUUUACAAACAAAACAUGACUGUUAAAACAAGCCCCAAAAAAGUGAAGAAAAAUCCUUUAAGACCUAAGAGUCAACCUCGAAAUUAUAAUGUAACUAGAUACUUUCAACCCGGAGAAACUAGCUUGGCUUGUCAUUCCAGUAUCAAUGCAGUAAUACCUUACGUAAAUGUAGAGAAUCAAAACUCAGCAACUCCAGUAAAAAACAUCAAAAUACAUAAAACAGUGUGUGGUACUGCUAAGAAAGUUCAAUCAGUUGCCAAGGAACCUUCCAAUAAUAACGUGUCCGCUUUUGAAAGAGCAAAAUCAUAUCAUUUUAAUAGAAUACAAGCUGAACAAAAAAAAGCUAAGCAUCGUGAUAUGCUUAAAAGCAGUUCAUCUUCUAGCAUUGAUGGGAAGAUCGAAAAGUUUACUAGGACAAAAUCAAAGUCUUUUCAUGAGACGAGUAAGAAGCAUUAUGAAACAAAACAGUUAUAUUUAAGAAGUGAAAAGGGAUCCACAUCUCAAGCAACUAGUAGCACUUUUAAAUCUACAACUGAUCCGGCACUUUUGCAUAGAGUCCUCAAGGUUAAAAACUUGAAACAAGAAAUUUUAGAAAAUAGAAGGGCAACUUCCAAUGUAAGAUAUCCAAGUAGAAAUUCAUCUUUUGGAGACAGUAGUGCUAAGAUCAGUGAUCUUACAAAGGAAAUUAGUCAGUCGAAAACUAAUAAUAUAGCCAAGAAGAAAAUUCUAAUCACAGAGCUUCAUUCUGAAAUUGCCCAAUAUAAGCAGUAUAAAAACUUUUUAGUGUACAACAGUACUGAAGAACCUUCAAAUUUAAAAAAUGAAGCUAUGGUCUCAAGCAAUAAUGAAUCAAGCAUAAAUCAUUCAUCAAGCAGCCAGAAAAGACCAUCAGGAGGAAAGAGAGUGUCAAUUUUAGUCAAGCCUGAGAAUAUUGAUAUAUCUCUUGACAGAGACUCUUCAUCUGCAGUCCUUUAUGUUAAAUCUAGACACAGCAGUAGAUCAAGAAGCCGAAGUGGAACAGAUCCUGCAGAUUCUGUUUCUGAAACAAGAUCAAAUUCGAAAGCAGAAACUCUUUCCGAUAGAUCAGGAAAAUCAAAGGAGCUAUCAGAUCCAGAAUCCGCGGAUGACGAAGUAAUCAGAUACAAAAUUAAAGAAGCCAAUCAGCUAAUAGAACGUGUACGUAAAGCUCUUAGUAAAAUAAAAGCAAUACAAAGUGGAGAUGAAUCAACAACGCAGAAGCCAGACAAGAAAAGAGAUUCUGGGUCAAGUUCUACAGAUAUUGAGGAGACUAUUAAGGGUUUGAAGUUACAAACCAAACAGUUAUUGCAAGAGGAUACAACAAUAAGACCAACUUUAACUAGAACAAAGUUGGCAAUUCAAAGAAGCACUGAUAUUUUGAAACAGAAAAGCAAUAUAUAUCCAAGUCUCGAUAGAAGCGCAACCGCUGUUAUGAUUUCAAAAGAAAAAGAAACAAUCAUGACUAAAGAAGAAAAAACUGUUGUUAAAUCUCCACGAGACAAGAAUACUGAGGCUAGCCAAAUUGUAACAAUUGUAUCGAAAUCAAAGAUACCGAGACCUGUGCAGCAGACGCAGACGGAGGAAUGUAGUAGAAGAGGAAUAAGAGACUGCUGCCAGGUUCCGGGCCUUGAUAUGGAGAGGCCGAUGACUAGGAGAAACGAAGCUGCAAUUUUAGAAGAUGAUCUAAUGGAACAGGUUGGUGUUGAUAAAUUUCGGACAGUACCUGAUACCAAUCAACUCGAGGUUUCCAGUAGUUUUGAAGAACUACAAGAGAAGCUAAAAACCAUUGCUGAAACUACUGAGAGUAACCGAAGUACUCCUAGACGAAGCGGGGAAAAAGUGCCGCAAGAACCACCAAUAAUUACAAUGGUCGAUAAUUGUAGCAAUUGUGUUCAACUAGUAAGCAACUGCAAUCAGCAAAUUCAAGUGAAACCUGACGCGAGAUGCAUGGGAGUAGAAUGUCACUGUCAAACGCACGAAAAAUCCAACCAAGGCAGAAUUUUACCAGCUCUAUGUGUCGCCAACAGAGUUGCUACAGACGUUGUCCCUCCAAGGAAAAUAAAUCUAAAGUAUCAGCAUAGCCCACCUCUAGAAAUAGAACCAACAAAGUUAACCUGUACCCGCUGUAAUACUGAAUUUUUCUUUUCCGAAGUAAUGCUCUCGCCGACAUUAAGAAAGAUGAUGUGCGAAAACUGUAAGAGCCAGUUAAAGGAAGAUUUCGUUGGUGGAAUUUCAAUUGAACCUCAAGUUGAUCAAAAGAUUCAAAACUUAAGCAUCAAAUUAUUACCACCUGUGAUUAUAAAACAACCAUUAAAAGUUACCAAAGUAUUGGACUUAUCAAUUAACUCCAAGGGAGAUGCCUUAAACCGGUUAAGAAACCGUACAAACGUUACUUAUGUGGAUGUCAUACAUGGCAAAGAACUUGGGUUUGAUACUUUUAAUCAUUUUCAAUCGGAGUUUGAUGGAGGGAAAACCAAAUCUGUAACCGAAAACGAGAAAGAUGAUCUUAUAUUAAAAAGUGAAGCUAUUUCUACUGUUACUGACAAAGAAGAUUUUAUAGAGCAAGUGACACCUACAGAUAGUAAAUUAAAGCCAGUAUUAUUUGAAAAUAAAGUAGAAGAGGUAGUUUCUGGGGAUACUCAUACGAACCAUGAAAUACCUCUUCAAACGGUUAUGAAAUAUAUACCUAAAGAUAGUAACUCUGAACAGGAUGAGGAUGAAGUAAUUUCAGUCAGUUUUACAAAUGCUGAAGCAAAACGAUCGAAUCAUUCCGCCCCAACUCGCACAUCAAGCAAGUCCGGUAAGCCUGAGGAUUGGAAGAACGAUGUUCGAUACACGUUGUUGGAUACAUUUAAUAAGCACCACAACAGCAAUAUUUUUGAUGUCUUAGAUAAAGAAAAAGAGGAAAUUUACAAUAUGCAACAAAAACCUAAUCUCACAGAAGCGGAACGAGAAGAAUUAAAAAAGAAACUACUUUGGUACCAAUCUUAUCAUAUAUACGACAAUCCUAACCUGCAUGAUCCAGGACGGAUGGACCAAAAAUCAUUGGAAAAAGUAUCCCAUGUGGAUUUGGAGUUUUAUAAAACUUUUAUAAAUCCAGAUCCAAUGAUGUCAGGAGAAAUAACCCCUGUUCGUGUACGAUCUAGAAGUGCAUCAAAAGGAUCGAAAAGUCGAUUUGGAUAUGAGUCCAAACAGGUUCAAGUUCAACCAUCUCUUCUUGAAGGACAAUUAAAAGACCAUGAUGCUCCACAGGUGCUGAUUGAAUUAAUUAGCGGGAGCGAAAAUGCCAUAAACAGAGAAAUUAUUAGCGAAGAUACCAUAACAAACAAAGAAAUUAAACAAUUUAACGCUGAAGAAAAUCCUCUGUUACGUGCUUCACACCCACCGCUAAACCGGUCAUCUAAUCCGGCAAUAGAUAGCUGCUCUCAGGUAACACUUUUGAACAUAAAAGAGAAUGAAGAUGGCGCACUUGUUUUUCAACAAACCCUAGAUCCCAGGGGGAACGAGUCCAAACCAAUAUUAGAGGCUCAAAAAGAUGAUAGAGGUUCUAGUACACCUUCGGAAAUCACCGUUACUAUAUCUUAUACUUUGUCUGAAGAAGAACACAAAUCAGAGAAUGGAUCAUUUAAUAAACCAAGAUCUGAAAGUCCUGAAAUAGAAAUAAACUCCACUCUGCUGGAUCGUGAUCAAUUAAAAAAAUGUAGUAGUUCCAAGACACUAACAUUAGUAGACAAAGACGUUAUGGAUAAGCUCCGUGAUAAACUAAGAUCUGUGGAUACCACAGCGUCCUUGCCAGGUUUUACAAUACAUAGUGACGGCCAUCGUGAAACUCUAGACAAUUUUCUUAAAGGACUCACAAAGAUUUCUUCUCAAGGCUACAAUUCGCCGAAAAGUGAAAAUACAGAUAAAACUAUAAAUUAUGUAUUUACCCAUAACGAAAAUAAUCUGGAAUCCCUUAGGAGUCAUUUGGAAUUGGCUGAAAAUGGGAGGUACAAAGAUGAACAAGAUUUGUUCACGCAAAUACCCUAUCCAAUUUCAACAGAACAAUCUAAAAAGAUAGAUCUUUUGUAUCAACAAACCAAAAAUGCACUUCACGAUUCAAGACCGCCACUACAUUUUAACCAUCUAGACGAAGAAGUAAAGAGAGACAAAUAUGCUUUUAUUCCAAGGCGCAAGCUAAAAAAAUACUCUCCUGACCAAUCCAACAGUGAUACAGUAACAAGCACUUCUCUAUCGGAAGGAGAAAUAGGCUGUAGGCACACCAUAAGCAUAGGGGAAGUUCACGUCUGCCGUCAUAGACCACAAUGUCCGAAAGCCCGAAAACGGGUAUUAAAUAGAGGAAAUUUAACAUUGUCUCCAUCAUCAGCAACGCCUAGACCCUAUCUUUCAAGACAAUUACCUAAAAAAUUCGACCUUAAUGACCCUAGUGUAUCUAUAGAACAACGAAGAACAUAUUUUAACAAUUGGGUAACUUAUUAUGUAAAACCACAAGAGGUUUAUCAAAGUAGUACGUCAAAUUUUAGUGAUAAUAAAUAAUGACGCUAAAAGGAAA